CCCGGUUUGCUUCAAACUGCUUCCGGUGGAUGUUGAUGAAUCGAAGGGUAUUUCAUGAAACAGACUCGAACAUAAAUCAAAGUGCAAUCGUGUCGAUUGAUCCUCCUUCAAACUUUGGAGCUCCAAAUACUAAUAGAGAGGGCUUGUUAGGAAAAAAUCUCGCGGAUGAUGGUGGGGCGAGUUCGGACGACGCUAGGACACCGUUACAAUCGCCGAGAUCGCAAAAUACGAGUAGGGAGGAAGAGGAUGAAUCUUCGAAUGCUAACGAAUCGGAUACGAAAAGUCCCAGUCAAAGAUUCGACGAGGAGGAAACGUCCUCGGUGGAAAGGGAGUACAACCGGAAGUCGAGCGAGUCGGCCAAAGUGGCCACGCAGAGCUGGAAAAAUCUUCGGGCUGUGAUGGCGUAUUAUAAUUCGCUGCGCAAGAUUAAGAGAACGAAAUCGAAUCAAAGAUGGAUGAAACUCAGGACGACCGUACAGAUUUCUUCUGCUAUGCAAAAGAAACCUCCCUUAAAACGAGAAGACUCGUUUCUUCAGCGAUUUUCAACGAGACAAAUUCCGGAAGCUCAAGAAACCGUCGAAGAUACCGGAAGCGAAGGUAACGCGGGUGACGCACCCUCUAGCGGUGCUCGUAGGAGACGAAGGCCGCGGAAACAGCCGCGCACCGUCGUCAAUCCGGACGAAAAUUUCUAUUUUUACUGGUUGCUCAUACUCACCGUGUGCAUUUUGUACAAUUUAUGGACGUUGAUUGUGCGUCAAAGUUUUCCAGAACUUCAGCAAUUGAUUGGUAAUUUUUGGAUCGCUUGCGAUUCGUUGAGCGACGUCUUUUUCGUUUUGGACGUUUGCGUUCAACUUCGCACUGGUUACCUGGAACAAGGACUGAUGGUCUACGACUCUAGGAAGCUGGCGAAACACUACCUAACUUCACGUGCCUUCCUGUUGGAUCUUGCGGCCCUAUGCCCGUUGGAUUUGAUUCAAUUGAGAUUAGGGUCACAGCCUUUACUAAGAUGUCCCAGAUUUUUCAAGGUUUAUAGAGCUGUGAAUUAUUAUUAUAUGGUCGAGUCGAGGACGGUUUAUCCAAAUUUAUGGAGAGUAAUCAAUUUGAUUCACAUCCUGCUCAUUUUGGCGCAUUGGUUUGGGUGUUUUUAUUUCCUUUUAUCGCAAGCUGAGGGAUUUCAGGGUGAUUGGGUUUAUCCGUAUCGUCCAGGAGAUUACGCGACGUUAACAAGGAAGUAUUUGGGUUCUCUAUAUUGGUCAACGUUGACUUUAACAACAAUAGGUGAUUUGCCAACUCCGGAAACGAACGCGGAACAGACGAAUUCUGUGGACGGUCCAAGGUCACUGCCGCGUAGAGGCGUCAAAUCACGCCUUUUGCAGUUCAACAACAAUGGAGGGUACAUUUUUACAAUUGUUUCCUAUUUAAUCGGGGUAUUUAUAUUCGCGACGAUCGUGGGUCAAGUCGGAAAUGUGAUAACAAAUCGAAACGCGAAUCGCUUAGAAUUCGAAAGACUCCUAGAUGGCGCCAAGACCUACAUGAGGCAUCACAAGGUACCUGGUGGGAUGAAACGUCGAGUACUACGAUGGUACGAUUACUCAUGGUCGCGGGGUCGUAUUCAAGGAGGUGGUGAUAUCAACACGGCUUUAGGGCUACUUCCGGAUAAGUUAAAAACCGAAUUAGCACUUCACGUCAAUCUAAGCGUAUUAAAAAAGGUAACAAUUUUUCAAGAAUGCCAACCGGAAUUUUUGCGGGAUCUCGUCUUAAAAAUGAAAGCCUACAUCUUCACCCCGGGCGAUUCGAUCUGUCGCAAAGGCGAAGUCGCUCGGGAAAUGUUCAUAAUCGCCGAUGGUAUUCUCGAGGUGCUCAGCGAAACGGGGAAGGUCCUAACCACCAUGAAAGCGGGCGAUUUUUUCGGCGAAAUUGGAAUUUUAAAUUUAGACGGGCUCAAUAAGAGAACGGCGGAUGUUCGAUCCGUUGGCUACUCGGAGUUAUUCUCUUUGUCGCGGGAGGACGUUUUGGCCGCAAUGAAAGAUUAUCCGGAAGCACAAGAGAUUUUACAAGCUUUGGGGCGGAAGAGACUGAUGGAAGUUAAAGCUUCCGCUCGACAUCCACCCAAAGAUACCAAAGGAGAUCAUCAUCAUGGCGGUCACGCCCCAGAUCCGAGGAGUAUUGUUGGAAAAAUUAAAAAUGAAGCGAAAGGUCUUCGAAAUGCGUUAAGAAAAACGCGAACUCAUCGGAGAUCCCAAGAAUCUCUCGAAUUAGAACCCCUUCAUUCAUCGAAUAACGGAGGUGGAAAAGGAGUCUUAAAGCGAAUGUCGCGGGUGAAAUCGCACGAUUUAAGCCAAGAGGAUAAUCAAACGAAUAAUUCGUGUGAAGAACGAAGUAAUAACGACCAAGUUAGCUCUCCGUUAGGGGCGGGAUUGCCGCUGUUAGCCCGAUUAAGGCUCUUAAAAGAGAAGCAAGAGCAUGAAGAAAAACAUUUAUCAUCUCAACUUCCAGUUGCAUCACCGUCCAUUUUAUCGCCGUCUCCAUCCAGUGUUAAAAGCCCUCCUCCAAUUCCGGAAGAAGUGAAUCAAGGUGGAGUUCAACAGGAAGUGAUAGGAGCUGGACUUCCGCUUCUUCAACGACUUUUAUUAUUAAAAGCUAAAGAUGAAAAGAAUUUGGGUGAAAGCGAAAAUGUAACUCCGGAUGUAGGGAAAUUAGUGCCAACGCAAGGAAAAUCUAGUCAAAAACCUAAAAUUAGCUUUAAAGAUCGUUUAAAAAUCAUGAAUAAAGAUAACGAACGAGAAAAGAAUGAUCCCCCGUGGAGUAAAUUAAAACGAGCUGCAAUCGUAAAAGAAAACGUCGAUUUUCAAGCGAGUACCGAAAAACCAACUUUAAAACUUAACGAGAAAGUUUUAACUUUAUCGAGGAAAACGAAACAAUACCGAUCAAUCGAUGAUUUAUCCCCGGAAUACGGCGGACUUCCUUUCGUAAAAAAACUGAAAAUAUUAAACGAACGUCAAAAAUUAGAAGAAUUAGAGACCGUGAUGAAAACGAGAAGCUUUAGUUUGGAUAUACCCGAUAGUAAUCAAGAAACGAAUGAGAGUUUGACACGAUCACAAUCCGAAGGGUCAACAAUGCACCAUCAAACGGGGAAUAAAAAUCAAUUAAGUGCCAAUUUAUUGUUAGUGCCAAGCUCGUUAAAUUCCAGUUCCGAAUCGAACGAAACGCCCGAAAGAAGAAAUUUAAAAUCGAUUUUAAAAAAAUUAACCGAAACGUCAAACGGGAAAAACGAAAAAAAUUUUUUUCGCCGCCCCCAAGAUGCCAAAUCGACCUCGACGACGCACACGGAUCAACCAAAAACGCCACCCAAACAAGACAUAACCUCGGAUUCGGUUGAAUUGAAGAAAUUGAUGCGGGCCCCAACGAUCGAGGGAUACAUGGCAAGGCAUAGUAAGCUCUCAAAGAGUGUCACUUUUAAUAGGGACACUUUACAGAGUCCUCCGAACAGUGCCACAAUUGUCGGAACUAAUGGUAGCGGUGUAGGAAGCUUGUUUUCGUUUCAAUCGGAAAGGGAGCCAAUUGAGAAAGAAGGUAUGGAAAAAAGUUUUAAUAAAGAUGUUGUUAAAGAAGAUAUCGAAGAUGAUAAUAAAAAUAAAUUGGAAAAAUGCGGGAUUCAAUUGAUUACAACGUCGAAAACGAAUCAUCAAAUGAAAUUGAUUAAAACUUCCCUAGAAGAUGAGCAACACCAAUAUUUCGGGGACAUCGUUUUAGCAAUUAAACAAGUGAUGACGAAUCAUUUGCAAGAACUUCAAGAGAAAUUCCACAACCGUUUUGAGAGGCUAGAAGAUGAGAUUCGGAGGAGAGAUGAGAUUAUCAAUCAAUUAAGGAGUCAUAUUGUGGAGUUGGAACGGACGACGGAGGAGUCUUUAACGGAUUCAAUAGAAACGGUGAUCUCAACAUCUCGAGAACGAUCGCAUUCUUGGGAUGAUCGUAAUAAACGCGAAUCAGAGGAGCUUCGGGAAUUACCCGCAGAAACUUUAAAACCCCAUCCGGUUUGGUCAUCAAGAAGAAAAGUUCUUCAUCACCAUAACAACAAUAAUAACAAUAGAGGUGGUGGUGAAGUUGAAAUUGAAAUUGACUCAAACACGGAUACUGAAGAUGAUACGGAUGGGAAAAAUUCGUCUUCAGAACCUGAAUACUAUCAAAAUUCAAGUUCAAAUUGGGAAAUUGAACUUUUGGCCGCGCAAAUUCGCGAAGGGAGAGAGAGACGAUCGGCUAGUUUAGAUCCGAACUCGAGUAGACCGAUUCGGAAACGAUUUGGGAGGGGGAAUAGUGCUGAACAUAAAAAGGACUGAUAUCGAGUGAAGAAAAUUAUUUAUUUUUCUUUUAAUUUAAAUAUUUUUUUUUUAGAUUAAUCGAUUAAAAC